AUGCUCACUGCCAUCUUAGAUUUGGGCGUAGGUCUGGCAUGUUACAUGGGAAGUGAAACAUCCUGGAAGUCACACUGCAGAGAACAUGAGAACAGUCACUCAGGAAUCAAGACCUUUGAAAUUAGAAGUCACUUAAACUCUCAUGCAGCCCUUACCAUAUCCCAGAAACUUGACACAAAGAGGAGCUUCUGCAAUGGUACAAUAUUUCAGCAAACCUUAUCUUCUCAGAAUACCUUUAGUGUGCAUCAGAGAGCUCAAAUAAGUGUGAAGCCCUAUGGAUGUGAAGAAUGUGGAAAAUCCUUCUCUAGGAAGUCAAACCUCAUUGACCAUCAUACAACUCAUAGUGGGGAGAAACCUUUUGCAUCUAAUGAAUAUAAGAAAGCUUUUACCCGCAAGUCAUACCUCAAGCAACAUAAGAAAAUUCACACAGGGGAGAAACGCUAUGAAUAUAGUGAGUGUGGGAAAUCUAUCUCUAGCAAAGCAUACCUCAUUGUGCAUCAGAGAAUUCACAGAAGGGAAAAAGCGUAUCAGUGUAACACAUACGGAAGAUGCUUCUAUGGAAAAAGUUACCUUAUUGUUCAUCAGAGAAGUCACACAGGGGAGAAAGCCUAUGAGUGUGAUAAAUGUGGGAAAUCAUUCAGUACAAAAAGUUACUUCACUAUUCAUCAGAGAAGUCACACAGGAGAGAAACCCUAUGAGUGUAAUAAAUGUGGAAAAUCCUUCAGUACAAAAAGUUACCCCACUGUUCAUGAGAGAAUUCACACCCAGGAAGAACCUUUGAGUGCAGUGAAUGUGGAAAUGCCUUUGCCUUGUAAUCGUUCCUAAAAAUGCAUCAGAGAACUCAUAAUAGGGAGAAAACCUAUGAAGUAAGUGUGGGAAAUGUCUCUCUAAGAAGUGCCACCUCACUAGGCAUCAGAAAAUUCAUACAAGAGAGAAACCAGAGGAGUGUAAUUAAUAAGUGUGGUAAAUCCUGUGGAAAUUUUCAUCUAAUCCUUCAUCAGUGAAUUCACAGGGGAGACAUCCUAUGAAUGCAUCGAUUGUGAAAAAGAUUGUAGACAGAUGCCAGUCCUAUAAUGUUUUCAGAGAACUCACACUUGGUGAAAUUUUAUGGGUAUUGAAAGUUGAUAAGUUUUUUCUUAUAAACUAAUCUUCAGAGUAUAUCACUCCACACAUAAGAGACCUGCUAUGAAUGUAAUGAGCUUUAGAAAACUUGAUGCAGCCUUUCAGGCCUAGGAAUACAUCAGAGAAGUCACAUAGGGGAGAAACCCCAUUAUCAUGGGAAAGCUUUUACCUAAAAGUCAGAUCUUAGAAACUGUCAGAGUAACUGUACGGAUGUACUAGAAAGAGAGUGGGGUGGGGUGGGUGGAAACUGACCGGUAGUGCAGCAUCAGAGAACUCAGAGGAAGUUCAGUGAAUAUAAUAAAACAGGAAAUUUUGUCUAUGAGAAAUCAACCAUCCAUCAACAAAACUCAGAGACAUCCUUUAUGUUUAUUGUGAAUGAGUAAUGUUUGAACCAGAUUUCAGCCCACUUUAGACAUUAGAAGACUCACACAGGAGAACAGUCCUUGAUAUUAAUCAAUUAUGGACAGACUACUGAUUCAGCCAGGCUACUCAGUGGGAUCCUACUUUGAAGGAUUUCUUCUGCGAACUUUAAAUUGUGCAUUUUUACCCACAAUAUUGUCUAUCUCAGACUUUGA